AUGCCGGCUGAAAAAAUUACACAUUGUGGAAGUGACCGCAAAAUUGAAGAGCACAGUUUGCAAGCAGGUAUGGAACAUACAGAUGCAGUUAACAAAGACAACAGUACUACUAUGACUUUCCAUUCAAAUACUGAUGUCAAUCCUGGGAAUUAUGUUACUGAUUUUGAUAAUAGAGUUGAAUGUUCAUUUUGCUGUGGCGAAAAUGCAGAGUCCGAAUCUGGUCAGCGGUCUUGUCAACAUUGGACUCAGGUGCGUCCGUCUAACACAAGGCAAGCACAAAAAAAGAAACUCAGAGGACUUCAAAACGGCCAUCAUGAUCCUUCUCGUUAUACCAAUAGUCGAAAUACAAAAGAAAAUACAGACAUACAACGUCCCAUCAUUAACGGUAAUUCAAUUGAUGGGCAAAGUAUGCGUAAUCCAAGUGAUACUAAUACUUCAAAUUCAGCGGCUUCACGCUUUAAAUAUGAUAGAUCUUUGCAUUCAAGCAACAAAAAUGCACCAACAUCUAACACAGAACAAACUAAACCUGUAGCAUCUAAUUCAUCUUCUCCAGCUCCAUCUGUUUCUUCGGAUCUCCCAAAUGGACAUGACUUUAGUGAUAGUAGGACAUUCCCUCGAUAUGCACAUAAAUCGUCACGUUCAUUUAGAUCAUCUACUCAAGCCAACGAGUCAGACGAUCUCAACAGUCAGCGUUCAAACGCUUCACCCGUUACUGUUGGUGGAGCUAACACGAGAACCCGGGCUUCAGUGAGUCGGUAUAAUGUAAAUAUGUCACCCCAGUCUGGGACAAUCCCUAAUGCAUAUCAAAAUGGUCCUUUUGAUCAGUGGCGACGUCCUAAUAAUAAUGGCAGUUUGCGAAGAUCACAUCAACAGCAUUUCGUACCUCGUAAUACCAGUCAGUUUCACCGUUAUAAUGGACCGGCAGCUCACCCUGGUCGACCUCAUCAGAACAAUUUCUCACGGAAUCGCAUUUCAGGCUCUGGAAUGGGAGAUUCACCUCCCGUACAAGCAAACGACUCACCUAAUCCUGUUCUUAAUGAAUAUAAUUCACAACCUGAUUCAGUCCGAGAAGAUCUAAAAAAACCACAGACAUCUUGGGCAACUGUUGCAGUGGGUGUCCAAUGUGAACACAAACUCUAUACACCUAAAGAUAAUUCACGAGACCAACUAGUUAGUUUCCUCCUGGAACAGUGGCGCCGUUUCGACCGAAAAUCGACCUAAUGCACAAAUUAACACGAGACGUAUUUUUUAAGUAUCCCGUUUUUCACCUAUGGUAUCAUCUGGUAUUGUUUUGUACUGGGUGGGAUGUUACAUUCUUUCUUCCUCUCUCUCUUUAUAUAUAUAUAUAUAUAUAUAU